UCAAAUGCACAUCCAAAUGCCUACCCACCAGCAAAUCUCCCAUUCUUUGCAGUCUAACAAUCCUUCUGUCACACCUAGUGCCCAGUAUUCGCCUGCUAUAGAACACGGAUCGCAUCAUUCUCCUAUUUUGAAGGAUACUUAUAACUCUUCAAAUUACCAAAUGCAAGACCAGUCACAUGUUCUUACUCAUGCAUCUCAUUUGCAACAGCCCGUGUACUCUUAUCAUGGUGAUGCAUCUAGAAUACAAAAUCCUCAAACGACCGCUCAUACAACAACAGAACUGUCUAGUCCACAGUAUCCGGGACACCAUUUACCGAUGCAAGUAAAUAAUAGUGCCUCCGGAGAUAACGAGGUCCCUCAUUCGGGCAAUCAGCAUCCUCAUAUGUCGACUGCUUUCCAAACUCCCUCAGCUCCGUAUGUUCCUCCAGUCAAGAAACGACGAGGUCGACCUCCGAUUCAUCCCACUUUUGACGUUGGUGCUGGAACUUUGUCCGAUGAAGACGAGCAUACCCUCUAUGGAGCCAUACGAUCCGGGAGGGUUGCACCGCAAACGGUAGUGGAUGAUUGGAUAGAGCAGUAUAAGACAAAUAGAGAACCUGCUAUGUUGGAACUAAUUCAGUUCUUUAUAUCCUGCAGCGGGUGUAAAGGUAAGGUAACACCAGAAAUGUAUAGUCGUCUUUCACACACUGAUAUUAUUCGUCGGAUGACUGAAGAGUUUGAUGAGGAAUCAGGUGAAUACCCGCUGAUACAGUCAAGUCCAAUCUGGAAACGUUUCCGUUCGAAUUUCAUUGAAUUUAUCCAGGUGCUGAUUCGUCAGUGUCAGUAUAGCAUAAUUUAUGAUCAAUGUAUGAUUGACCAGGUCAUCUCGCUAUUGACAGGUCUUACAGAUUCUCAGGUUCGAGCGUUUAGACAUACCAGUACGUUGGCUGCAAUGAAAAUGAUGACUGCUCUUGUUGAUGUUGCACUAAAUGUUAGUAUUAACAGAGAUAAUACACAACGUCAGUACGAGGCUGAAAGAUCAAAAAUGCAGAAUCGACGUGCUUCUGAUAGGCUUGAAGUACUGAUGCAACGUCGACAAGAGUUAGAAGAAAACAUGGAGGAAGUCAAGAACAUGCUGAUAUAUAUUUUCAAAGGAAUAUUUGUCCAUCGAUACAGGGAUAGCCAAGCAGAAAUACGAACAAUAUGUAUGCAAGAAAUAGGCGUUUGGAUGCGUCGUUAUCCCGCGAUGUUUCUCGAUGAUAGCUACUUAAAAUAUGUUGGUUGGACACUCUAUGACAGGAUUGGAGAUGUUCGUCUUCAGUGCCUUCGUGCUCUACAACCCUUGUAUGAAGAUCCUGCACUCAUUAAUAGUUUGGAGCUUUUCACCUCACGUUUUAAGUCACGCCUUGUGGAUAUGACUCUUGAUAAGGAGACAGAAGUUGCGGUUCAGGCUGUGAAAUUAGUUUCUUGCAUUCUGAAACAUAGCGACUCAGUACUAGAAGACAAAGAUUGCGAAAAUAUUUACGAGUUGGUAUAUUGCACUCACAGGCCAUUAGCACAGGCAGCAGCGGAAUUUUUGACAUUGAAACUAUUUGAAGUUGAUUCUCAUGCACCUCCAACUAGAACCAGAAAAGGGAAGAAGCGCAGUGAAAAUACACCACUUAUUCGUGACCUCGUACAAUUCUUCAUCGAAAGCGAACUGCACGAGCAUGCCACUUAUUUGAUUGACAGUUUGUGGGAUCAAUGCCAGAUGCUUCGUGACUGGGAAGCCAUGUUAGACCUACUACUGGAGGAACCUGGAAGGGGUGAGACAGCUAUGGAUGCUAAUCAAGAAACAAGUUUGAUUGAAAUUAUGGUUUGCUGUGUUCGUCAAGCAGCAAGUGGUGAAUCGCCAGUAGGAAGACAGACUGGCGGUCAUCAUUCACAUUCCAACACUAACAUACAAACUGGUGGUACAAAUGCUCAGGAUGCUUCAGGUCGUGGUAGAGGUGGCGGGCCGGCUGGACCUGGUAGCAGCUCUGUACCGUCUACCCGAGAGGCUCGGGCCCUUACAGAAGAACGUCACCGUAUGACAGAAGCAAUGAUAACCGCCUUACCAGCAUUAUUGUCUAAGUAUGGCGAGUCUCCUGAACGGGCAACAAACCUGCUUGCAAUUCCAACAUACAUGGAGAUGGAACUCUAUACCACGGGACGGCAUGAACGUCAUUUGGAUCUUUUAUUGCAAGGUGUCCAAGAAAUCGUAGAACGUCAUACUGACCCACAUACCUUGUUGGCUUGCGCUCGUGUUUAUGAGUCUUUAUGUUUUGAUGAAUUGAGCAUUGCUGCUAAGUGUCAAACUGUCCGUGGCACACUUCUAGAUCACCUAGUGGAUCUUUACCGCGAUGCAUUCUUGAACUAUUUCAACGAUCAGGGUGAAGAGCCCGAUCAAGAUGAUGAAUUUCACAUUGUAGCUGCACUGAAACGCAUUAAUGCGUUUUAUAGUUGUCACGACCUCUCAGGGUUGGAUUUGUGGGACAGUCUUAUCCGAAUAGCACAAUCAGGAAAUGAUGCCAGUGGCGAUGUAGUGGCUCAAGCUAUUUGUUGUUGUUAUCAUGCCUUACUAUGGAAUUUGAAGAGAUUACAGGAGGGCGAAAUGGAAAAGGCAGAGUUAAAUAAACUACGCAGGCAGCUAAAUUUGUAUAUGGACAUAUGCAUCGGUUACUUGGACCAUUCACACAAACGCCUUGCAUCAGAAUCUUUCUUCUCUAUCUGUGAUUUGCUAGUUGUUUUUUCUCGUAACCUUUCUGAUCAUGUGCCGAACCUGCAACCCCUUAUCUAUGUAGCUGAUAGAGAUCUUGAACUCAAGUUGACCAACUAUUUGGAGCAGCGAGUUUUUAUCGAUGAUGAUGAUGAAGAAGAAGAUGAAAGUGCAAAGUUUGAAUCUCUUCACGAAAGACGCAAGCAGUUGUCAUCAUUUUUUAAAUUGGUGGUUUUUAACAUGAUUCCUGUACGUGCGGCUGCUCCAUUAUAUAAGUAUUACAUUCGGUCUUUCAACGAUUUCGGAGAUAUAAUGAAAUCGACGCUAGCCAAAACUCGUGAACACCAUCGUGUAAAUACUGCACGUAUGAUAGCUCAUUGUUUAGAAUUAUGCUACCUGCAAGUUGAAGCAGCUUCUAAUAAUCAUGUCGAACGUGGUUCCGAAGGCAUUCAAGCUGUGAAAGAACUCGCUAGACGUUUGAAUCUCAGCUUCGGUCUAGAUCUGAUGAAAAUACGAGAAUCUAUGGUCGCUCUUCACUUGGAUGGCAUUCAAUUUUGUGUAUCUCGUGCAGCGUCCACAGCUGCGAGUGGUGGCCAACCGCCUGGAGUUCCAAGCAACUUAUUAUUUCUUGAGGUUGUCUCCGAGUUUUCGAAUAAACUUCUUAGGCCAGACAAAAAGAACAUAUCAGAUCACAUCCGUCGAGUAAGCUUUAAAUAACGUGGUCAUUUGUUUAAAUCCUUGUUUUCAAUGCCAAUAUAAAUCACACUUUUUUGGUCUCAUAUGCUUGGAUAUAUCUCGUAAGAAAAAAUAAAACAAAACGGUGUGUUGCGCUGGUUACUUGUACUGAAGCUAGCAAUUUGUAAUUAGAAGCUAAAUUAUCCUUAUCGUUUUCUUAGAUGGAAAUCAUAUAAUCCAAAUAGUUAAAGAUUGUGAUUAGUGUAUAUUGAUGAGGUAUUCUUGUAUUAAAUUCUGUCAUCUUAAUUUGGUUCCCCUUUGACUUUCAGAUGGAUGCACUUGAUUAAACUCAUGUAUUUAAAUCGAACGGAUAAAAAUUCCUGCUCAUUUGUGACUCCUCAAUUUUUAAUGGAUGUAAAUCAGUUAAAUGAAUGUUAUUUCACAGUGUUUUUGGCAGUAAGACAAUGUAUUUCACUACUCAAUUUAGCGUUCAUUCUCCUCGUGUUUGAAUUAGUUUUUCUUCAUAAUGAAUUUCUGAGUACUAGGUCGAUAAUGUCUUGUUUUUCUAUUUCCCGAGUACUAUUUUGGAUUUCGACGCAUUAAAAUACUGCAGUUCUUUGUGACGUCCCACUUCGGUCUUUCAUUUGAACGUGUUUUCUGAACUAUAAUAAUAUGAGUGAUGUAGACAAUUAAUUGUAAACACUGGGAGUUGUGUGUUAAGACUGAAUCCAACGUCAUCGGAAAGGCUAUAGGUUUAGUCAUGGAGCAAAAGAUAUUUCAUUGAGUACUGCAUUUUUACGUCCCUUUAUUCACUUAUUCUAGGCUGUAGUUGCGACUGAUUCUAUAUGAGCUUUUGCGUGUUUGUCAGCUAUACUUUUAAAUAUUUGAAUAUUAAAUAUUUAUUUCAAUAUUUUUCAUUCUGUCUAUCAUUUCACUUUUACAUUUAAUUAAGAGAACUGACAUUUCUACAUUAUUCGUGCUUUCUUUUCUAAGAUAUUCCCUAAUCCUGUGGGCGCAGAAUGGUCCAGUCUACAUGCCUAUUGUUCCAGUCUAGAUCCUGAUGCUGCGGAUAAUACUUCACCGAAUGAUGGACCCAAUCAUACCACAAAUACUCAUUUAGCCAGCAAUUCUAAUUCUCUUCUGACACAAAGCAAUGCGGUAGUACCAACAAGUGCGCGUACAGGUUACGGAAGCAGAGGACGGGGGAAAAGACUUCGGGAUUCUGAUUCCUCUCUUCCUGCCGCUGAUAUAAGUGUAAACCCACAGUCUACUAGUACAGCCGUCAAAAAGAGACGAGUUAAUCUUCCAAACACUGCCAAGAAUCUCUCUGGGAACAUUUCUCACGUCACAACUGCUGAAGCUAAUCCUUCCCGAUCUACGUCGCCUGUGGAAAUACCUCCCAAUAAUUUAGGCUGUGCAUCUCACCACAAACCUUCGAUGGAGCCAUUGAGUACACCUGUUCAUUCGUCCAAUCAGUGAUUCGUCCUGUAUCCAUCGAAAAUUAAUUUUUAUCGAUUAAAAAUUGUUUGUAAAAAGUUUGUUCAAAAGAUUUGGAACUUGCCCCUACUUAUUUAUAUUUAUACAAUUAUUCAAACGUUUUUUUCCGUUCAUCAUAUUUUCAGAAGUUUAUAUGUAUAUAUAUAUAGACAACUGAUGGGUCACAUUGUUAGUUGUUUUCACACAGAUUUAUUAUCUUAUUUGGUUGUAUUCCCAUAAAUUCUUCCAGGACAUGUACAUUUUUAGGUUAUAUGUGACAACCGCUUUGAAUAUCUCCACUGUUGAAUAGUAAAGUUUUCUUUCUCCUAAAAUUAAACGGGCUGUUUUGUACAAUAAAAUUUAAAAGCCUUCGUUUAUACCUACACAUGUUCCUGUUUGUAAUUGCUCUAUUUUUAAAUAAAAUUUGUAUUACCUUUUUAGUCCGUUAACUAAGGUAUGCUACAGCUCGUUGAGUGAAGCUGUUCAAAUCAUGCAGAGUUGAACUAUUUUUACAUACAAAUAUUGAUAUCAUGUAAAUUGCCUUUUAUAAAAACUGAUCAGACUUAUAUGGAAUGCUUCAGUAGAUAGUUUUUUUUGUCGAUUUUUUCGUUAAACUUUUUUUCAUUUUGAAAUUUUCUGCUUAUCAGUUUCAAGUAAUUUUGUUCAGCUUUACAUAUAUCAUGUUCAUACACUUUCAAUAUACAUAUAGCGAUAUUCAUCUGUACACGAUCAUGACGUCCCGUGUUUGAGUUUCAAUAUCAUGCUAACAUCCAUGUUCAUUCAGAUUCCUAUAAUCCAUAUGUACAUUAUUCAUUUUACUCAUUUUACCGUUAUUACUACUACUGUAAUUGUCAUUAUUAUGAUUACCGUUACUGUUAUUAUUACUCGUUGAGAUUGAUAUUGAUAUUCUAACGUUUUGCCAGUUUUCCUAAACUGUGCAUCUUUUUCAUAAAAAGAAUUGUACAGUGCUUCUAACCACACAAAUUUCGUUAUAAAAAGUUCAACUACAUUUUUCUUAUCAAUAACACACCAACAAAUCGCAUCCACCAAAACGAAAAAAGCUUACCUAUAUCGAGUAAUUCUAGAUUGAG